AUGGCAUCAGCAGCACCAUAUCUCGCCUUCCUACGACCCCUUAGUGCCCCAAAACCUUCCACAAUCCGACACUUCCUCCGCUUCUCCACCACGACGAGAUGUAGAGCAGAUGCACAGACACAAGUAGCAAAGCAAGAAGACCCGAACCUCAUCGCCUCCCGCUCCGCAUCAGCAACAUACCCACCCAACAGCCUCAAAUCCCUGCCUCGACCAAAGGAGUCUCGAGCCUCCCAUCGCUCCCGUCAUCCACGCCCAGAGCGCUCAUACCCGACCCGUCAUCCAGCUCACUCUACCCAGACGAAAUCGAAACUUAUCCGUGAACCCGUGGAGCCCCUCCCAGCGGUCCAAUGCGCACCGAAUCUCGCCUACUUCGUGUCCAGAACGCCGAGCAAGGAACUACCUAUUUACCAGCUCAGAAAGCGAGGUGGUAAUCUGAAGAUGACGAGGAUCAAGAAGAUUGAUGGGAGGCCGGAGGAACUUAGGGACGACUUGAGGAAAUUGCUGGGGUUGGAGGAGAAGGAGGCGGUGGUUAAUAAUGUUACGAAGCAUGUUAUGUUGAAGGGGUGGUUUAAGCCUGAGGUGGAGUUGUUCUUGCGGCAGAGGUUGUUCUGA